AUGCGUCAGCAAGGAGGGAAAUCACAACAACAACUUGAAUAUUCGCCUGGAACUAUUGUAUUUGCUAAACUAAAGGGCUAUCCCUGGUGGCCCGCAAGAAUUGAAUCAGAUCAGAAUGUACCUGCCAAGGUGUUAAAACAAAAGUCAAAGGCAAAAGGUGCUUUAUAUACCGUGUUUUUCUAUGGUUCAAGAGACUACGGAUUCUUUGGACCAGAUGCCAUUAGACCUUUUCAUCAUGAAACUGUUGAGAAUGACCUUAAAGCGAAGAAAUUCAAGACAAAGGAUUUGGAAUUAGCAGUUCGUCAAGCACUUAACCCUUCACUACUAAAGGAAGCAGAGGAAAGUGAUGAAGAUGGAGAGGAGGAAGAAGAGGAAGAGGAAGACGAGGAGGAAGAGGAAGAACCAAAAGGUAAAAGGAAGGCACGGGAACCUCCAAAGAGAAAGACGAACAAUAGUAGAGGUGUUACCAAAAAGACCACAGAAACACAGCCAAAGAGGAGAGGUCGCAAGGCGGUUGUUGGGGAUGAAGAUACGGAAGAAGCACCUCAAAAAAAGAGACGUAAAUCGAUGUCGGCUGAAAAAGAAGAAUCACCUAUUACCCAGGUGAACGAUACAAGGGAGGAAAUCAAAAAGACGCCAGAGUAUAAAAAGGUUUAUCAUAUUAGACACAAGUUACAACGUUUAGUAUAUAACAAAAAAGAGGGCGAGAUUCCAAAAGAUGAUUAUCCCAAGAUUUUAGAGGUCAUAAAAGAAAUUGAAGAGGCACCGCUGACAUAUAACCUUUUAAGAGAUACCAAGAUUGGCAAAGUUGUCAAGGCAGCCUGUGUCUAUCCGUUUGAAGAUGGUACUAUCAAGGAGCGCUGUCAGCAAUUAAUGAAGACAUGGAAGGCUACAUUUCUCGAUGCUGCAAAUAACCAAUCACCAUCGUCAUCAUCACAAGCAGCAAGAGAAAAGACAGAGGAUAAUUUGGAUGGUUGA